AUGGAGGAGAUGUUGCUGCAAUUUCAGUCCGUGCGGCCGCUACCCCGCGCUGCAGACAGAGGAGGGCUGCGUCUUCGAGUCCGUCGCCAUCCUGUGGCACAUCGCGCGUCUCGAUCCGGGCGGCGGCUUCCUGCAGGGCUGAACACUGCCGGAGAGCGGACGGAUGGAGUUGCAGGCAGUUCCUCUGGUGAGGCCGGCCGACCGGUUUGUAGUGCGGUGGUGGUGCAGUGCCGGGUGCCGGGGGAUGCGAGGUGCCCGCGCUGCCGUUGGUAUGCCAGGGUUGGGGCGGGCGUUGUGUCACCAGAGCAGGAACACGCGGCUUCGGUGGUGCGUUGGGGUGGGGCGUGA